GCCCCGGCGGGCACCCGGCGCUCGUACCUGACCAUGACCCCGCGCCGGUCCCGGCUGGGCCACCCCGGCGUUUCCCGUUGAAGACACCAGCUCCGUUCCGACCUCCCCCCUUCCCUUCCUUCUCCGCCUCCUCGCUGCUGGGGCUGUCGCCUCUUCCCGGAGGCUUGCCGGAGUGAUGGGCUGCAUCGGAUCCCGCACUGUGGGAAAUGAGGUGAUUGCAGUAGACUGGAAGGGACUGAAAGAUGUGGACCAAAUCAAUAUGGACAGCACCAGCUCACUGCAUGGCAGCAGCUUCCAUCGACCUUCCACUGAGCAAACACGGACAGAUUUCUCCUGGGAUGGUAUCAAUCUCUCCAUGGAAGAUACAACCUCCAUCCUCCCCAAGCUGAAACGCAACUCCAAUGCUUAUGGGAUUGGGGCUUUGGCUAAAUCAUCUUUCUCUGGCCCCUUAGGGAUAUCUCGCAGCAUGAAGGACCAUGUCACAAAGCCAACGGCUAUGGGCCAAGGCCGUGUGGCUCACAUGAUUGAAUGGCAAGGCUGGGGCAAAGGUAACAGCCAGCAGCAGCAGCACACACAUGAGACAGCACGCAAAGACGCUGAUGCCUACUCCGACCUGAGUGAUGGUGAAAAGGAGGCUCGGUUCCUUGCAGGAGUGAUGGAGCAAUUUGCUAUUUCUGAGGCAACUCUUAUGGCCUGGUCCUCCAUGGAUGGUGAAGAUGUGAGUGUAAACUCAAACCAGGAGAACCCAGCAGGCAAUUACUCUGAGAACUAUCAGGAGCUAAUGGAGAGCCAAGAGCAUAUGGCCCAGACACAGUAUGAUAGCUGGCCUCAUUCCUAUGUCUCACAGGGCAUGUAUUGCUUAGGUUCAUCCGAUGCCUGGGAGACCAGUGACCAGUCCCUCAUCGCUUCCCCAGCAACUGGCUCCUAUUUAGGCCAGAAUUUUGAUGAGUCCCAGACAAAUCUUCAGGAAAGCAUUUUGAUGCAAAGCAGCCUUCUCCAGCAGCAACAGCUACAGCAACAGCGGCAGGAACAGAACUUCAUCCAGAGCACGGGGCUGGUCCACGUGUGGCCCAUGCAGACUGCUCAAAGUGGGGGUGGAGCUGAGUCCAGCACAUACAUGGAGGACCACAUUGAGGAUGAAGGGAACCCACAGCUGGAAAAGGCUCCUCUCCUAAACAAGAAACCCUCUCCAGAGGAGGAUGAUGCAGUGUGCCGGGACCUGGAAUCACUGUCUCCUCGAGAGGAGAUGGAACACGCUGCACUGAGCCGCAAAGUCUCCGAUGUCACCUCCUCUGGGGUGCAGUCCUUUGAUGAGGAAGAGGGAGAAACAAACAACUGAUGCUUUCUGUGAAGUUCACAUCACUGCUGAACAAGGAGAGGGGUGGCAAGGAAUGAAAUUACAGGGAUACUUCUCUCCAGGUCCCCAUACUUCUGAGCAGACACACCUUACAUUCCUGACAUUUAAUUAUUUUUUUAAAUGAGAAAAAAAUCUCAAAGUGAUCAACAAAUGAAGACCUCUUAUUCCUCUCUACCAUGGACAUAUAUUUUUGAUUUUCAUUACUCUGGGCAACACAUGUGAGGUGCUUGGAGAGAUCUGGGUUGGUAAAUAAUUUCUAAAUCUGUUUAAUAUAGUCUUGUCUGUGGAUACAAACUCUUCUGGUACUAGGGAUGUGGCUGAUGAGACAGGCUUGGUAUCGGGAGUGGCUAUGUAGCUAGAAUACGUCUUGGCAGAAUGGAUGUUGCUCUGUGGACAUGGUCCCGUUUGAUAGAAUAUAUAAAUAUAAACUGGAUUAAAAUGAAGAUAUGGCUUUACAAAUAUAGAUUGCACUAGUACUGUGAUUGUGGCCGAUACAGAGGAGAAGGCUGUAUUCAAUAUGGACUGUACUGAGAUGAAAGAUUCACUGUGUAACCAGAUCUUCAAUAGCACCUUGAUAUGAAAUUGUAGGCUUGGUGGAUACAAACUGUGCUCCGUGGGUGUGGACCGCGCUGCAGUGCAGAUGGUGUUGUUCUGUGGGCACGGCUCUGCUCUGGCAUGGAAGAAUGCAUGUAGAUAUGACUCUAACUCUGCUCGCACAUAUUCAUGCUUUGGUCUCUUUCUAAUAUUUCAUUUAUUUGUUUAUCUCUUUGACAUUUCUGCCUUCCCAUGAGCUGGCAAGACUUGUGUGUCUUUUUGGCAUUGGGCACUGGAUGCCAGUGGAAAGGACAUUUUCAGCUACAGAAACAGUCAUAAAAAGCUGACUCUUGCAGGGGGCUUGAGAACCUGUCCAUCUUGGUGCUGCUGCUGUAUCCUUCUGUCUUUUCCUUUGCCAGCAGUAUGGGGAGACCCAGAGAAUAGGCAGGAGAUCCAGGAACAGUGUGUACGGCUAUGAGAUAACAGAUAUCCAGUUUAAAUUUGAGUUUUCGGUUUUUGCUUUUUUAAACUUUUUUUUAUAUUGCUGGGUAAGUGUUCCUAACGAAGCAGUUAAUAGUGGGAAAGGCCUGUACUGCAGUCAUCACUUAACAGAAACAUCGUACCUUCCCCAUUUCUGCCACUCUUGCAGUGCCAAAUAUCACUGGAGGAAAACGGAUAGGAGGAAGUUUUCUUCUAUUUAUUUCUACUUCCUGCCUAUGUUUUCUUCUUAUGUUUUCUUACCUCCAAGCAAUUUAAAUAAUGCUCAUUACUUGGUCUGCUUGUUUUUCCCUCCCAUCUGUUUUUUAGGAGCGGAGAAAGCUGAGUUCAGGAGUUUCCCCUAUUUGUACAGGUUCUAUAUUUUUUGGUUAAAAAAACCUGGUUCACUGACUAGGAGGAAUUCAGUCUCUCGCAAUUCCUUGUCAUGUUUCUACAGAUUUCCUUUGGGGCAAGAGGCAUUUUCAAAAGAAAUUGAACAAAUGGGCUCCUUUCAGGUUCUCACCAGAAAAUAAACAGGGGCAAAAGCAAAAGGAAAAUAUUGUACAAGACUAUUUGUUUUGCUGAACAGAAUCAGCAGACAUUACCCAAGUGCUGAGUUUUAAUUGCAAUACCUCUUGCAAAGAAUCAUGAGCAAAGCAUGGGUUUAGAUCAGACGCUGCAUCUGAGGAGCUUGAUAAAGGUAUUUGCCUGGACACUGCCAUACUGUCCCAGUGGCAACUCAUUCUCAUUUACUCUGACUCAUAUCUACUCUGUUUAGUUCAUGAUACAUUUGUGUUUUAUUUGCCUCCUCUUCAGACUUGGUGUAUUUUUUGGAUGACAGGAGAGUGAUACAUACUUCGUUCCUGAUUCAGAUUCAGUCCCAGCACAUUUGCAUAGAAGAAUGUCUGAGGAGAAUAAAAUAUGACCGAAGUAAUAUCAUCAAGAGUUCAGACAGCUCCUGGCAAGCAAAGCAAAUGAUGUCCAGGAAUUAUGAAAAGUAAGAAUGCGACUCCUAGGUAGAACUUUACCCCACUCAGCUUUCUCCUGUUUACACAGCCAUCUGCAUUAAGAGAGUCUCCUCUCUAAGCGCCCGAGUCUUUCCAGCCAAGUCCAUUUCAAGCAGAUCUAACUUCCCUCUCCAUUGCACAUCUAAAGACCUUUGGGAUAUUUACAUAAAACUGGUAAUUUAGUGUAGGUAAGAGAAAAAAAAAUUUGUGACCAUUUUUUACCCAUUUGCUUGAGCUUGCUUACGUCUCUCUAAGGAGGUAGCUUUUCUCCUGAAUGAUCACCUUUCAAUAUCUCUUUAAAGAUGUUUACACAUUCAGGUGCCAACGUCCCCUGGGCAGGAAGGCUUGAUAAAGAUGAUCUCCUGCAGUUCUCAUAGGGCCAGUGCUAGCUCAUUGUCCUGAACUGAUUUGGGUCUAGCCAUGAAGCAUGGCCUAGGAAAUCACACUAGCCAGAACAGGGAAAUAGGGCAAGUGCCAAGAAGAUGACAAAUGAGUAAGUGUUAACCUUUUUUUAUUUCUUUUCUAAAAAGCCUUCAGGUAAACAAAAAUGGUCAGGUAUGUUUCUUUGUGGGAGAAGAUUUGGUUGGCUUGUUGCUAUUUUCACCAAACCAUUUUGUUCCCAUGUGCCACUCCAGGACCAAUCUGGAUGUUUAUGGUAACUUUCAGAGUAGCUUCUAAUGAUCCCUCUCUGUUGUUUACAGGACUGGGACAAGUGAGUCAGUUUGUCCAGGGCUUCUUUUUUCUUUUAAUGUGGACAUGUGGUACAUUUACUAAGCUGUUUGAUUGAUGUCUAAAAGGUGUACAUUUUCUCCAUAUGCAGAGCAGUGUCAGGGAAUUACCUACCUGGGAAAAAGUGUGGAAAAAAUUGAUCUUAUAGAAAAUUCUACUGAGUUCAUUAGGAAGACAAAACCUAUCUGUAGAGUUUUCUAACCUCUGUGGAAUUGGAUAGAAUUAUACCUUGCUUAUAUCCAUAACUUACUCUCUAGAAACCUGUAGAUAGACUCUCAUUCUCUGUGAAUUCAGACUGGUUGAACACUACUGUCCAUAAAAACCUUCAAGUUUACUAAAUUCUAUAAAGGUUUUUCAUAAAGGUCCUAACUUCCUGUGAAUAAUAAAAUGUCAGCCUUUUUCUGGGAGAAAAAAAAAAAGGCUAUUUUCCAUGACCACUGCACAAUCCAAAAGAGAAAUGUAUCUACAUUUGCUAGGAGCUUGACUAGAGAGAGCAGGUCUGCCCAUCCACACUUGUUCCCUGAGUCAGCAUCUGGAGCUGAAUUGGAAAGGCAGUUGAAUCUCUUUGAAAAUUGAAAACAUUUUGUAUAACUUGGCCUUUUCUUAUAUAACAGGCCUGCUGCUUAUGUAUAUCCAAUAUUGGAGAGAGGGACCUACAGUAGAUUUCCCAGAAAAUACAUUAUUAAAUAGCUACACCUAUUCAAGCAUAUGGAAGGCACAGGUGCUCUGUGAGCAAAAUUUGGCCUGUAGUUCCUUUAUCCUAGUGAGGAGAAAUGAGCUGGAGAGAGGCCAGCUAAAUGCUCAAAGCCCAAAUAAAAUUUGUGAGGCUGAAAACAAGAAAGAAAUGUAAGCUCAGUAUCCCUGAUCUACAGUUAUUAACAAAUUGAGCCCUGCUGUUCAUUUACACAAACCCUUUGUAAAGCAGAGCUGCACUACAUAAAGAUUUUGGAUUUUCUUGAAGCAGCAGAGGUAGAAGAUUCUCAUCUUUCCCCCCCAAGCCUUUAUCUUCAACAGCAACUUGUUGAAAUUACUGUGCUGGCCACAAAGGAAAGCUUAAACACAAGUGACCCUAAUUGAAAAAGAUCUCAGAUUUCACUGCAAGGAAAUUCUCUCCUGUUCCUUUUCCCAUAAUUGCUCAUAUCUGAUCAGUUAUACCGUUUCUUUAGUUUUUCUUUCAUAUAAACCUUAAGCUUUCUUUACAAACCUUGUGAGUUCUCUUCAACUCCCUUACCUCAGGGUCUGUGUUGGAGAAAUCAAUCUUCUUUCAGUUUCUGUGUCUCUAAAUCAUCUUAUUCUGGGAAGCUGCUGACAAUUCACCCACCUUUCAUGAUAGGCUUGCAACAGAGAACUGAGUUUAACCACACCUCUAAGCAGAUCAGAUGGUGAGCUGCUGUGAAGGAGGCAACCCUCUGCCCUGACUGUGCUCACUUCCCACAAUCCUUGUGCAGAUGCUGAUGCACAGUUAACCCCAGAGCAAGCCAGUGCACUUUUACCCUACUAUAAAAGUGAAAGAGAAACAGCUGUGAGCAGAGGAAGAGAGCAGUUGGCCUUUUUAUCAGGUAGGGGAAACUGCAGUUUGAAAUGGCAUCCUCAUGAGGAGUCUAAGCUGCUAAAAUGAGCUGUCAUGCUUUCUCCCAUCACAAUGAGCUGUAUACUUCUACUGCCUAAGAAGCACCAGUCCUGACACUAAUUUGGCUGCUUAGGAACUAGCCCCAUUGAAAACUAAUCCAGUUCCCUAUCAAAAGAAGUGUUUCAUUGGGAUCAGUUCCUUGUAUUAUUUCACUUGGAAGGGCAGGCAUCACCAAGGGCUGGUGAAACAAGCAGAUGGUCAAGUUGAAGAAUACUUAUUUGGUUGCAGAUGCAACUUAAAUUGGCUUCAGCUGAUUGUGAAAUAGCUGUCUGAGGAAAAUAAACCCAGCUGGGGUAACAGGUAGGACAUAUUCCCCCCUUCCUUCCUUAGUGUUUUGCUUAGAAUUUCUAGUAUGCUCUUAUCUGAUUUUGGUCUUUGUUGUUAUUUAAUGCCCUGUUAUUUCCCUCACUAUUUCCUCCUCUUCCACAGGCUCCUUUGAGAUAAACUCUUUCCAUUGGGCAAGAGAAGAUGAGUAACUUGAUAUAUGCCUGGAAUUAAUAAAAUUAACAUACACAAAUCUCGUAUGCACUCAGCAACUACACUCCAUAAUAGCUAAAGAUAUUGAUAAGUCUUCUCCUGUAAUUGCAAGAGGCAGAGCCUUGUGCAGGAGUGAAGCACAGCUUUUGGAGGUGAGAUUUAUCUCUAUCUUAAGCCAGUUGCAAUCUACUGUGAGACCCAGAAUGGCACUUCACAGCUAGGCAGAGUCUGUGCAUGAUGUGCUGCGUACAACACCUAGAAAACAAUAGUUUUAUGCCCGGAGAAGAGAACUGGAGAGAAGCAAACUGUUCUUUUCAUUUGACAGAAGUACAAGGUGCGGUGGUGAGGCAAGCUGGUGUGCAACAGUACAGGCUUGUGGACAGCUGUGUGUGCUCUGUGCAAUAUCAAGAAGUUGUCUAGCCAGAGAUGGAAAGACAUUGAGAGAAAGGCUUGGGAAAAAGAUCAACAAAGCUUGAUGUCCUACAUUCACACAACACAGGUAGGAAGCUUCAUGGCAGACUCCAGGCAGAAUGGGCUCAGGUAUAGAAUUGCUACACAAGCUGUAGUUCCAGGAUUGGUACAGCAUACGGUACUCCUUAGUCCAAGCCACACUUCUUUCUGUAAGACAGUGUGAUAGGAAAGAGACUUCUCUGAAUUUGGGCCUGUACUGGCUUCUUUUUCAUCAUCUUUGAAAACCAGUUCACAAUAUGCUUAAUUCUUCAGGUGAAUCAUGUAAGAAAUAUACCAAAUGAGAACUUAGUCUUUGUCCAGAUGAAUUUAAUGUGAGUUCUGUUCUCACUGGAAACCCAGAAGAUCUAAAUUUAGCUCAGUUUGCUCUGUUGUAUUGAUAAUUACCUAGAAGGAGAAACAAACUAAAAUAAAUACACCUUUAAAUGUUGUAGAGAGCAGAACAACUUUGGCGUAAUCUAAGCUCUUCCUUCUAACUUAUCCCAGACGUAAUUUCCCACGUUCAUUGUUCAGACAACUCUAAACAAUCUGGCAUUUACCUUAAACUAACUGUUUGACUUCAUCAGGAAGGAAGGAAGGAAGGAAAGAAGGAAGGAAGGAAGGAAGGCCCUUCCAAUACAGAGAUUAUCAGCAGUUGGUGUUUUUACAUCUAGGAAAAUAUAAAUGAGUAACAGUUUCAUCUCUGAUUCUCUUGCCCUGUAGCAAUCUGAUGGGGAAAGAUUUCUGUGUCGUGGCUCAGGGAAAGGACUGAUAAACAGGGAAAAUGUGAGGAAAGUAGUACUUUUUAGAACUGAACAUAGGUGUAGGACAGCCUACGGUCAUUAAAGCCCAGUCUCAAAUAUGAAUGCAAGCUGUGAAGUCGAUGCCAAGUGCGUCUUUUGUAUCAUAGGCUUUUUGCAGGCUAAGUAGUAGUGAACCUGCACAUGAGCAGAAGAAAACAGCUGGACAUCCAUGCCAGAUCACUGUCUCUUUGUCUCAGAUGAUGUCAUGGAGCCUGGGCAAGACCCUUCAGGUCACUAUAUUCUCUCAGUCAGCUUUAUGAAUUGACUAGGGCAGGGAUGAAGACAAAUGGUUACCCUGUUAACAAAUGGACAUAGAAGACCUGUGCUUAGAACAUUAGGGUCUAUUUACAUCCUUGCACUGACAUUUCUCCCCAGCAUAGGCAGAACAAAGUGUUAUAUUUCCCUUGGAAAUCAGGAGAAACUCUAUGAUUGUCAGUAUUGGUCUGUGCAAAGCAAAAUAAAUACGUGAUAUAUUUUUCCACUGCAGAUACAGAUUGUUGGAAGAAGAAAAAUUUAGGCUGUGACUGUCAGACAAAGAGUAUGUUUACUAAAACUAUAAAGACUUGUUAAAGAAUGUUCUCAGUGCAGAUGUCAUAGAAUAGUUUGCGUUGGAAGGGAUGUUAAAGAUCAUCUGGUGCCCACUCCCCUGCCAUGGGCAAGACUUACCUACUGAUGAGUAAUAGCUGCUCUCUUCUAGGAAGGGAGAGGUUGCAGUGUUCUGUGGAAAGAGUGCUACUGAGGAUCUCUCUCAUCUGCUUUGACUGGGGACAUUUUAAAUGCUCUCUGAAACCUAGUUUUGUAUUUGCUUUCCCGUAAGGGAUCAAAUGUCCAUGCUAUCAAGACAAAAGCAUCUAAAAAAGACUUUUCUCUGUUAUGGAGAUAAGGCAGUGCACCAAGGUUUACUUCUAAUAAGAUAAAGGCAUCUAAUCCAGAUUCACUGGCCUUCUGGACUCAUUUUCAUUGGGCAUGGAAAUCCAGUAAUGAGUUGAGGAUAGUCAAAAGGUUAAGAAUCAGAGCUCUGCCAAGUUACCAUGAGGCAAGUACAGGUGGACUUGCCCUCUUUUCAGAUACUGCAUGUGUGAGCAAUAUAGCAAGCCAAAAGCUCAUUUGUAGGCAUAUAUUAUUGUUUGACUUCAAUUUUUCUUCUCUCAGUUGUGGAUGUUUUGCAUGACUGGAGGUCUCUGGGAAUCCCUACACUAUACAGCUGUGACCCAGAAGUAAUUUUACAGGGAACAGGAUUUCUCUUGUUUCAACUCUUUUCAGGUAUGGGAGGGUACAGACUGAGGAUUUGAGAAGUAAAAGGGUGGUAGGUGGUAGUCUCAGGGGUGGUAUGUGGAACAGAUUCCUGAAGCAUGUUUAAAAGUAACUAAAGGCUUGGAUCUUCAAAUGUUGUAUUCUCAGUAUCUGAAACUGCUUUAGCAUAAGUGUAUGAGACAAUGGAGGUUACCACAAAGCAAUUUCAAAGAACUUUCCCCAAGCCUGUACAAGUUUUCUGUAGAGGGGAGGCUGCACGGCAAUUAUAUAUAUUCUUUCAAGCUAGUGUUUACAGAGGUGCAUUCAUGUUUGGGGGGAAAGUACUGAAUGGAAGCAAAACAAAAAGGGAAAGGAACCCACUAUUGAAAGCUUUCAUCCUUACCUUGUCACACACUAGCCCUUAAUAACUAAAAUGAGUCUGAUUUGCCUUUGGUCUUCCAGAUCCAAAACAUGUUUGCCUGAAAAUUUUUGUUCGAUAUACUUUGCAUGUUUUGAUAAUGUGACUUAUGAGAUAACACUUCUGCAAAGAUAUAUAUAAAUACAUACAUGUGCAACCACAUACAUACAUGUAGACACACUACAUAUAGAUUUAGGAAACUGUAUGGCAUUAUACACCUCCAUGCCUGUAUGUGGCAGCAACCACAGUAAAGGAGGGGAGGUAGCUCAAAAUAGCAUGUACAGUCCUUUAUGGAGUUGUUAUUAAACAGAAUGUGGUCUUGCU